CCGGGAACGGCCGCUCCUUUCCCUCCGCACCGGCAUCCCCAGCUCCUAAUUAGCGUGAUAACCCGAGGCUGGGGAGGCUGAGAGCGUGCAAAGCCCUCGGAGGUGGAGGGGAUGAGGAUGAGGAGCUGGGAUUUCUCCUUAGCCGGGGAAUUCGAGUCUGAGAGGGUGGAAAGGCUGUGAUGAAGAACCAGGGAGUGGAGACCAAAGCGGCUCCACGUCCCUCCAGGACAAGCAGCGGGAUGGGGCUGGAAGAGGGAGAUUCUCCAGAUGCUGCAGCUCCCCCAGAAGCUCCCCUGACUCGGGAGGAUCCCAAAUCCUCCCGCGACGUCUCGGAGGAGCUGAGCCGGCAGCUGGAGGACAUCCUCAACACCUACUGCGUGGAUGCCAGCCAGGAGAACCCGGCGGAGGACGGAGGGCAGGGAGAGCCCCCCGAGCCCGAGGAGCCCGAGAAGAGCCGCAGCGAGUCCCCCAGGAACGGGGAGCAGGAGCCGGGCGGCCCCGAGAUGAACGGGGAGAAGGAGAACACCAAGGGAAGCGAGGAAUUCCGGCCCGGAGAGGAGGGCGGCGAGCGGGAUCAGAAGAAAGCUCAGGAGAAGAAGAAAGCCAAGGGUUUAGGCAAGGAAAUCACUUUGCUGAUGCAGACCCUGAACACCCUGAGCACGUCAGAGGAGAAGCUGGCAGCUCUGUGCAAGAAAUACGCUGAGCUGCUGGAGGAGCACCGGAACUCGCAGAAGCAGAUGAAGAUCCUGCAGAAGAAGCAGAGCCAGCUGGUGCAGGAGAAGGAUCACCUGCAGAGCGAGCACAGCAAGGCCAUCCUGGCGCGCAGCAAGCUGGAGAGCCUGUGCCGGGAGCUGCAGCGGCACAACCGCACCCUCAAGGAGGAGGGCGUGCAGCGCGCCAGGGAGGAGGAGGAGAAGAGGAAGGAGGUGACCUCCCACUUCCAGGUGACUCUGAACGACAUCCAGCUGCAGAUGGAGCAGCACAACGAGAGGAACUCCAAGCUGCGCCAGGAGAACAUGGAGCUGGCCGAGAGGCUCAAGAAGCUCAUCGAGCAGUACGAGCUGCGGGAGGAGCACAUCGACAAGGUGUUCAAGCACAAGGAGCUGCAGCAGCAGCUGGUGGACGCCAAACUGCAGCAGGCCCAGGAGAUGCUGAAGGAGUCGGAGGAGAGGCACCAGCGGGAGAAGGACUUUCUGCUGAAGGAAGCGGUGGAGUCGCAGAGGAUGUGCGAGCUGAUGAAGCAGCAGGAGACCCAUCUCAAGCAGCAGCUGGCUCUGUACACAGAGAAGUUUGAGGAAUUCCAGAACACCCUCUCCAAGAGCAGUGAAGUGUUCACCACGUUCAAACAGGAGAUGGAGAAGAUGACCAAGAAAAUCAAGAAGCUGGAGAAGGAGACCACCAUGUACCGCUCCCGCUGGGAGAGCAGCAACAAGGCGCUGCUGGAGAUGGCAGAGGAGAAAACCCUGCGGGACAAGGAGCUGGAGGGGCUGCAGGUGAAGAUCCAGCGCCUGGAGAAGCUGUGCCGCGCGCUGCAGACGGAGCGCAACGACCUCAACAAGAAAGUGCAGGACCUGUGCGCGCACACGGAGCCCCCGGAGGCGCUGAAGGAGCCCGGCCCGGAGGCGGCCGCCGAGUCCCCGAGCUCGGGGAAGGGCGGGCACAGCCCGGAUCCCGCGGAAAUCCCGGCAGAGCCCAGCGGGACCGAGGAGGGGACGCGGGGCGCGGAGUGAGCCCCGGGCGGGGCCGGUGAGGGAGGAUCAGCUGGGAGCUGCUUUAGAUUCCCCUCUCCCUGUCCUGGGAUGGGUGGGGAAGGAUAGGACACAGCCCUUCCUGGGGAUGUGAGAUUGGUUUUUUGUUUUUUUUUUUCUUUUUUUUCCUAGUUUAGGGUUUUUUGGAGGAUUUUUUUUUUUUUUUUUUAAGAUUUUAUAUAUAUAUAAAAAUAUAUAUAUAUAAGAUAUAUAAAAAUGCGCAGGGCAACAUUUUAUCUGUGGAUAUCCAUGAGAAGCAGAAGGGCCCAGCCAGCUCCCUGCCUGUGUGAAUAUUGAAAACACGGCGCCUCAGUCCCUCUCACGAAAAGACCUCGUCGCCGGCAGGCUCAGGAGAGCAGAUCCAGGGAUCUGUGUGUGCCCAGGGACAAGGGGCACCACCCUGGAGCAGAGCUGGGAGAAUUCCAGGGCGUUCCCAGCGCCGGCUUCUCCCUCUUCCCUGUGUCCUGGACGGGCUCUCGCUGUGAGCUGAGGGCACAGGAGGCCGCUCCCCUCCUCUCCCUGGGUCCUGUGUCUGCCAUGGGGACGAGGAGAAGCAGGAAAAGGGGGUGCCUGCUCCCACCCCCGGGAAUUUUUGCUCUUCCCAGGCCCUGCCAAUGUCUCCGAACCGCCUUACGAUUCACAGUUGCCUCUUUGCUGAACGCACACGUGCACAAAGUGUAUUAAACAGUUAAUCCAAA